AUGGGGCUGUUCAGAGCCCUCGUUCCCCUCUUAGUCCUGCACCUGCUGGGGGGCUCAAACGCGUCCCUAGUGCAGCUGAAGGACAAUGGCUAUGAAGACAUCAUCAUUGCUAUAGAUCCUGAUGUGCCAGAAGAUGGACAAAUAAUUGAACACAUAAAGGACAUGGUGACCACAGCAUCUACUUAUCUCUUGGAAGCCACAGAAAAAAGAUUUUUUUUUCAAAACGUGUCUAUAUUGAUUCCUGAGACUUGCGCAGCAAAUCCUGAAUACAGGAGGCCAGAACAUGAGAGCUACAAACAUGCUGAUGUGAUAGUUGCACCACCGAGCCUCCCUGACAGAGAUGAACCUUAUACAAGGCAGUUCACAGAAGGUGGAGAAAAAGCAGAAUAUAUUCAUUUCACCCCUGACUUUGUACUGGGCAAAAAAGAAAAUGAAUAUGGACCAUUAGGUAGGAAAUUUUGUCAAAUAUCUAAUUUUUAUCAAGCAGAUCUGACCCAGAUUAAGAUUGUUUCUCUUAGUUCUGUGAAGAAUGACAUUGGUAUUUUGAUGGAGAUUACGUUAAAUGUAUACCUCACUAUUGGUGAUAUGGCCAUGUCAGCAAUAUUAAUUCUGUCAACUCAUAAACAUGGAAGCCGCCUCAUUCGAAUGAAUUAAGCAGCAAAACUGUUCUUGAUGCAGACUGUGGAAAAUGGAUCCUGGGUAGGAAUGGUUCACUUUGACAGUACUGCAAGCAUUAAAAGUACAUUAAUACAAAUAACAGGCAACAGCGAAAAAGACACCCUGGUGAAGAGCUUGCCUACACAAGCUCUCAGAGGAACUUCCACCUACACUGGAAUUUCAAAAGCAUUUGAGGUGAUUACAAAUGCAAGCUUCCAGUUGAGUGGGUCUGAAAUACUGCUGCUGACUGAUGGGGAAGACCACACGGCGAGCGGUUGUGUUAAUGAAGUGAAAGAAAGCGGGGUCAUCAUUCAUUUUAUUGCUCUGGGACAAUCUGCAGAGCCAGUAAUCACACAGAUGAGCAUUGAAACAGGAGGGAAUCACUUUUGUGCUUCAGAUAACGCUGAGAACAAUGGACUUGAUGCUUUUGCUGCCCUCACAUCAGAAAAUGCUGGUCUCAGUCAGAAGUCCAUUUAGCUUGAAAGUAAGGGAUUAAAUCUGAACACUAGUGCCUGGAUAAACGACACUGUGACAGUUGACAGCACUGUGAGAAAGGACACUUUCUUUCUUGUCACCUACACACAGUCUCCCAGCAUUUCUCUCUGGGAUCCUAAUGGAACACUGACAGAAAAUUUCACUCAGGACACUGAUUCCCAAAUGGCCUCUCUCAGCAUACCAGGAGAUGCACAGGUGGAUUUAAUCCAUUUCACAUGGAUUUAUAACCUUCAAGCCAAAGCAAGCUCAGAAACACUCACUAUUACAGUGACUUCUCGGGCAGCAAAUUCUGCUGUGCCUCCAAUCACAGUGAGUGCUAAAAUAAAUAAAGAUACAAACACCUUCCCUAGCCCCAUGAUUAUUUAUGCAGAAGUUCAGCAAGGGUAUGUGCCCAUUCUUGGAGCCAGUGUGACUGCUGUCAUAGAAUCAAACACUGGACGCACAACAGUUUUGGAUCUGCUGGACAAUGGUGCAGAUGUUGAUGCUUUCAAAUAUGAUGGGGUCUAUUCCAGGUACUUAACAGGUUAUUCGGAAAAUGGCAGAUACAGCUUGAAAGUGCGAGCUCACGCAGCAACAAACUCUACCAGGAGAAGCUUAAAUAAUGUGCUGAGCAGAGCUGCAUAUAUACCACGCUGGGUAGUGAAUGGGGAAAUCGAAGGAAACCCACCAAGACCUGAAGCUGAUGAGAAUACUGAGACAAUUCUGGAGAAUUUCAGCAGAACAGCAUCUGGAGGUGCAUUUGUGGUAUCAGGAUAUCAAAAUAAUGCAGUCGCUGACCUAUACCCACCCAGUCAAAUCACAGACUUGGCUGCCACACCUGAAGGAGAAGAGGUCACUCUAACAUGGACAGCACCAGGAAAGGAUUUUGAUGUUGGAAAAGUUGAACGAUACAUCAUAAGGAUAAGUGGAAGCAUGAUUGACCUGAGAGACAAUUUUGAUGAUGCUCUUCAAGUUAACACGACUGACCUGGUACCAAAGGAGUUCAAAUCCAAGGAAACCUUCAUAUUGAAGCCAGGAAAUAUCUCAGAAGAAAAUGCGACCCACAUCUUCAUUGCCAUUCAAAGUGUAGACAAAAGCAAUCUGACAUCAAAAGUGUCCAACAUUGCUCAACUGGCUUUGUUUAUCCCUGUAGCAGAUCCUGGUCCUGAUGAAAGUGGUUCUAAUCCUAGUCCUGAUAAAAAUUAUCAUUCUGGAGUUAAUAUUUCUAUUCUGGUCUUGUCAGUAGUAGGGACUAUUGUAGUUGUUAGUAUUAUUUUAGGUACUACUAUUUGUAUAUUAAAAAAGAAAAACUCUUCAAACAGACCUAGAACAGGGUUUUAAAAAUCAAAAUAAUAUAAGUAAAAGGUAUCUCUGAAUUCCUAAAUUCAUCCUUAAAGUCCUGAACUACAAAAAUUAUAUUAAGAAGCCUAGAAAGGAUAUUUUGGUAGAAAUAAACACUUCACAAAUAUAUAGAGCAACUGUGAAUACUUCAUUUUGUUAAUUAUAUUUAUCAUUUUAAUUAAUUCAUUUUAAUUAUCUUUAUCAUAGUGAUGAAUAAAGAUAGUUCUUCCUAUUGA